AUGGAGCCAAUUCGUCGACGUCGAAGACCAGCUAUGCGAGAGCUGGUUCCUCUUGUUGCCGACGACCUCCCAGCAGCAUCGUUACCGACACCUGAGGAUCAACCUGCCAACGUCUCACAUUCUGGUCAACCAGCAAUUUUCGCGACCUUUUCUCCUUCGGCAUCUACGGGACCCCAAUCGGAUCUCCCAGAACUAGAAGCGCUGAAAAACAAAGUUAAGCUACUUGAAGACCAAUUAUCAAAAUCUUCUGCAGCAACUUUUCAACCGCAGGUCUCAACGCCGAAUUUUGAGACGACAUCAACGCAAUUGGCCGGAACGUUUCAUCUUCAUUCGCAAAGUCAGCCGGGUGGAUUACUGGCAAUUCCUCGUGCUAUUUCUCACAAAACCCGAUUGUUUGGACAAAGCCAUUUUGUGACCGGGUUACCUUUGCUACGGGAUAUUCUCGAAAUCAUCGACAAAAAUACAAACGAGGCCUCAGAUCUUAUCAAAUACUAUCAAAAGUGCAAAGCUCUAGGUAAACGAAUCAAGAAGCUACGCGCUCCCGAAUGGCCGACAAUUCUUACCACACAUCUCGUUUCUCGAGUUGUUUCCGACAGUCUUGUUGAGUGUUAUCUUGGUACAAUAGAGAAGCUCUAUCGUAUUCUGCAUAUACCCACAUUCAGGAAGAACUAUGAUGCUCUCUGGGGUUCAGAAACAGAACCUGACCGAGAGUUUCUCGUUCAACUGAGACUGGUACAUGCUUUGGGCGCGACGACAUACGAUGAGAACUUCUCUCUUCGGUCGUCAGCUAUCCAGUGGAUAUACGAGGCACAGACAUGGAUAUCCGAGCCGGAAUUCAAGUCCAGGCUUGGAAUCCAAUUUCUUCAAACGAACAUUCUAUGGCUUCUUGCCAGAGAAACUUUAUCUAUUGGAGGUGAAACGCUUUGGAUCGCUUGUGGUUCGCUCCUCAGAACAGCCAUGUCGAUGGGCUUGCACCGAGAUCCAACACAUCUCCCUCAAACCCCGACGUUUGUUUGCGAGAUGCGAAGGAGAAUGUGGAAUACUAUACUCGAGAUGUGUCUACAAUCAAGUAUGACGUGUGGAGGGUCGCCAAUGAUAUCAACAGGCGACUUUGAUACCGAACCUCCCAGCAAUUUUGAUGACGAGCAGAUCCUGGCCGAGAAUCCCACACCGAGGCCUGACAAUGUCUUUACCCAGACUUCCACCGCGAGAGCAAUGCGAAAAACAUAUCCGGCUCGUCUGAGUGUAGCCAAGCUGCUCAAUGAUCUUCGGCAGGGCGAUUCGUACCAAGAAACAUUACGCUUAGACUCCGAACUGAAGGCUUCCUACAAAGAAGCAAUUCAGACUCUCCAAAGCUCCAAGAAGAACGAAAUAUCCCCAACGCAGUUCGAGCUAUCGGCGAUAGACUUUGUCAUGCGCCGCUAUCUGGGCGCUCUUCAUUUUCCGUUCUUCGGGAUAUCCCUAACAGAGCCAAGUUAUGCUUUCUCCAGGAAGAUGGCGGUUGAAACCGCUUUUAGGUCAUGGUCAAUUGCACGUGGUACUGCGAAUGAUAAUAGUGAAUUCGCGCGGUUCAUCCUCUGCAGCUCUGGUUUCUUCCGAACCUCGACGUGGCUAGCCAGUUCAAUUCUUCUACUCGAUCUAAGGAACCAAGUACAAGAAGAAGACGCAUUUUCAUCGGCACCAGUCCAAACUGAUGUAUUUAACAUGAUGCAAGACACGACACCAUGGACGUUCCAGUGUAUUCAGGCAGGAGAGACGAACAUCAAGGGUCAUUUGAUAACUUCAUUGGUAUUAGCACAGAUUCAAGGCAUAGUAAAUCGUGUCCCGAAAGAGGACGUCGCUCAGGCUAUGAUUCGGGCAGGUGAGGAGGCAGCGAAGGAGGCUUUGAGUGUGUUUGAGUCGCUAGUGGCGCAGCUAGAGCCUGAUGGUGGGGAGUUCCAGACACUCAGCGACCCAAUCGAUUUCGGAGAGGACUGGAACUUGAUGCUUACUGAUGGGUUUCUGAACGGCGGGGCAGCUGACCCUAUGACAUGGAUCUUCUGA